AGCACUGGGAUUUGAACUUGGGGCCUUGUGCCUGCUAGGCAGGCGCUCUACCACCUGAGCCACUGCACCGGCCCCCACGAGGGCUUCUUGAGAGGAAAUGCUAGCUAAGCAGACACGUAUAUACUGGACCCAAGAGAGAGGGACACAAGGAGGGACAGAGGGACUUGGUCAACUUAGAGUCAAUCAUCAAACAUCCUCAGGCCGUGUUGGGAGUUGGCUGGUUUUGAACCUUGGAAACAUGGAUUCUGGGUGUGCAGGGUGCCUUGGUUGACUUGGGUCUUUCCUUGUGGCCACCCCCCAGAACACCUGUCCACUGUGUCCUUCCUGUGGCCAGGGGGUUCUGAACAGGAGAUAGGAGCCUGAGGUUUGCAGUUUGGGUCUGGGUCACACCUGGGGAAAACACGGCUGGGCUGUGUUUCUUAAAAAAGAAAGUAUCUGUCAGCCAGGUGCGGUGGCUCACGCCUGUAAUCCCGGCUACUCUGGAGGCAGAGAUCAGGAGGAUCACGGUUCAAAGCCAGCCUGGGCAAAUAAUUCAUGAAAAAACCUGUCACGAAACAGAGCUGGCAAAUGGCUUAAGCCACAGAGGGUGACAGUGAGGAGUAACUCCGAGGUCACUGUGAGCGGAAGGUCACAAGCCUGUGACUGGUGCUGGUGAGGAGUCAGGCGCUCUCUCUCUCUCUCUCUCUCUCACUCAGAACAGCUGGCCCAGCCCUACAGCUGUCACCCCCCACCUCUGCGGCCAGCAGACCUCUGGGCUGGGAGAGCGGGGAGUGCCACCUCUGUGUCCCUUGGGAGUUUCCUGAGGCCUUCAGGGCUAAAGGUCAGAGGUCAAGUUCACACCGGAGCCCCAGCUGGGAUGGAGGGGAAUUCGGGCUUCAGUGAGGCGUCUUGGUGCUCGGCCCCCGGGGGUCCCACGGCCAUCAGAGAUUUCCGGGGGUGCUGUCACCCCCAGGACACCUGGCCCGCCUGCAGAGGAGACGCCUCUGCUGCUCAGUGGGCCGCCCGCCUCCUCCCACGGAGGUCCUGGCUGUCCCCUGAGUCCACAGGCCUGCCUGCAGCACGCCCUCCCCGGGGACACUGUGACAAGCUUCUGGCCGCACCUCAGGGCGCUGGCUUGAAUUCCCACGCCCACCCUUGCUGGUGGCAGGGACCGAGCCCCCUGUCCCCACUGCCCCCCUCUCCUGUCCCCAGUGGCCUUUGUCACCUCUCACUGACUGGCAGGGAUUAACUAGUGACACUUCUGCCCCCACCUGUCCUCUUGGGAGCCGGUGGGUUUUGUCCCCAGCUCGGGGCCCUCGGUCACCAUGAGGUCCAUCCCAGGUGCCCUUGACUGAGCGUCCGAGGACAUCAGUCAGAACCGGGGUUCAGUCAGACAGACUGCGCCCCAGCGUGGGGACCGUCCAGUCCCCGAAGCCUGAACGGAGCGAGGGGUGCGGAGGGCAAGGCCGCUUCCCUGUCUCUCCCGCCUCGCUCUCGCUCCCGCUCCCGAGCUCGCUCCUGUCCUUGGGGCGUCUGGAACCGCGGGGGUUCCGGUUGUGGCUUUUUUUUUUUGGCAGUGCUGGGUUUGAACUCCGGGCCUCACGCUUGAGCCGCUCUGCCAGUGCUUUCUCGUUAGUUUUUUCAGGUGCGGUCUUGCGUUCUGUGGGGACCAGCCUCGGCCUGCGAGCCUCCUUUCUCUCUGCCUCCGUGUGGCUCGGGUGACAGGGUGCACCUCCACGCCUGGGCUGUUUGUUGAGAUGGGGUCUCUCUAAUCGCCAGGGAGCUGUCAGCCUGGGCUGGCCUCAAACCACGGUGCUCCUGAUCUCCGCUGGGGUCACAGGCGCGAGCCACUGCACCUGGAGGACUGUGGGAGGUCAGGAGUGACCCUCGCUGGGAGGCGAGGUGGCCGCCGCACGGGGUGUUGAUGGAACAGACCCGUGUCCUUACCUCUGACGAUCGGCUGUCUGUGGGCUGGGUGCAGUGGCUCACGCCUGUAAUCCCAGCCACGUGGGAGGUUAGAUGGGGAGGACAGAGGAUCAGGCCAGCCAGGGCAAAAGUCAGUGAGACCCCAUCUUAACAACAGCCAGGCAUGGUGUACCCCAUCUUCACAGAAUCCGUCACCAAACGGGAUGAGUGGCCCAAGUGUGAGGCCCGCAGGUCCAGGUCAGUGGUGACCGCAGAGCCCGCACACCUGGAGGAGCCCAUGCGUCCCCUCGGGCAGAGCCAGGCGUCCGUCUGCCGGGAGCCCCUGGCAGCCAUUCCCGUCGGCCCGAGGGGAGGCUCGGGGACAGACGGUGGCUAUGUCCUGGGACGUCCACGAAGCGCCAGCUGCCCGCCAUGCUGCCGUGCCGCCCAGCCCAGGAGUUCAGCUUCGGCCGGGCCCUGAGGGACGCCCUGGUGACACACGACGCGGGCCUGCGGCAGCUGUACAUGGCCGCUGUCCCCGGCGGAGAGGUCCUGGCCGAGGCCACGACCCCGGGCGGACGCUGUCCAGCCUGCUGCUCGUCUGCUCUGCCUUCGACUGCUGGGCUGCGGCCCGAGGACUCCAGCCCUGCGGCGGGGCCAGCGCGGCCGCGUCUACCUGCAGCCCUAGGUGCCGCCGCACACACCUGUAAUCCCAGCCACCCUGCAGGCGAAAGCGGCAGAAUCGUGGUCCAGGCUCUCCUGGGUGGUCAGUGUCAUCGCAGGGUCCCCACCGCUCAGGAGCAGAGCAUGGCAGCCACAUGGGCCCUGUUGUCCCCCUGCGGCCUGUGGGUUCUGCCCGUGUGGACGUGGCACCUCGCUGACCCCAACCUAACAGACCUGGGGACUGUCCCCAGGCUGGCUUUCUGCAGCUGUGAGAGCUGCCACCCCUGCCACCUGUCCUCGCCGGUCACAGGCGGUCAGCUUUCAGGCUCUGCCCUGGACCCUCGGAGUCCCCGCGUGGGGCCGUGGCUCACGCCCGGGCACCGGCCUUACCUGAGCGAGGGGCUGUGGUGGCGCCCCCUGCUGGAGCACCUGCGCGGCUGCGCCGAGGCCUUCCAGGGCCUGCCGGUCAAGUCACCCUCGGUGGCCCUGGCCGCCAUCCGCUGCUCCUCGCGCCCCAGCCGGGACAGUGACGGGCUCCAGCUGCACACAGGCGGAAUCCUGUCCUUCCUGAAGGACGACAAACCGGGGGACGCGCUGUGCGUGCUGGGCUCAUGGGUUGACCCUCACGAGGCCUGGACGUCCACCUUCGGCCAGGUCCUUCCCGGCCUCGGCCUCUUCUUCCUGGGGAGGGUGACAGUGACACGUGUGCAAACAGCCACGGGAACUUGGGGUGCCUCCUGGGACCGGCUUGUCUUGGGUCCAGGGCCAGCAGGGGACAGGGACGGGUGGAGGCCACCUUCCUCUCUGCACCCCUUUCCGGCCCUGCAGAAGUGGCGCCUGCAGCUUUGCCGUUCUCGGGGGAGUUCCCGCAGGCGGGGACAGAUGGCUCCGGGACCCCCACAGGACGCAGGGCACCAGAGCCUGGGCUUCAGCGCCCUGGGCCUGGUUCAGUGCUGCAAGGCCGCGUGCCACGAGCCCUGCCACCUUCUGGGCCUGGGCAGCUGUCGCUGGCUUCGGUGCCUCACGCAGGGGACUCUCAGCGUGGACGAGGCCGUGCGGCCCCCGCCCUGUGUCCCCUCUGCCGCGGAGGCUGCAGUGCGUCCUGGGCUUAGGCUGGUGGACAGGUACAAGAGACUCCACGCCUGGACCAGGGCAGCGGCGGGGACAUGGCCGGGGGAGGCCGGGGAGAGGUCUGUGUCCGACGACACCCUGGCCGUGAGUGGUGACUCAGGCGUGGGCUGCGAGAGUGGCUCAGAGGCUGUCACCAGCCUGCCGGAGUCCCUCACCGCGGACGCGUGGGGUCACGCCUUCCCCGAGCCGGGGUCCGAGGAGGCGGAGGACAUCGAGGAGCACGGGCGGUGGCUGGCCUCGUGUGUCCAGGCCCUGGGAACGGAGGUGGCCGAGGAGCAGCGCGCGGUGGACAGGGCUGUGGACGCCUUGGAGCCGUGGGACAAGUUCACGGGCCGCCUCCCGGUCCCCAGGCAGCAGCCGCGCUGCAGCGGGGACAGCGAUGGUGACGGCGUGGGGCUGUGGAGGGUCCUGGGGCACAAGUCCUCCUCGCUGAGGCGGCGGCCGAGCACGCGGAGGGGCUCCAAGGCGGCGUCCCUGUCGCUGGGGUGGGGAAUUAGCACGGCCGGGUGGACGUCCCUAGGUCACCGAGCGGCCACGCUGGCCAGUGACUGAGCACGCUGGUGGCCUGGGCCGCUCCUCGUGGACCCACACACGCAGGGCCACUUUCUGUGGUGUGAGGUGACCCCGAGGGACUUCGCAAUUGUCUCUGAACGUGACACGAGGACGCUCAGGCCCCUUGUCCCUUCUGACAAAUGCAGCGGACGGGCGUCUGGUUUGCAGGUUUCCGGCGUGGGAGGCAGGGGCCCUUGUCACCCUCGGAGGUCGCCUGCUGUGGCUUCUUGCCCGGGCGACCAUCUUGGGACAGGUGGCCACACUGUGGACGGCAGUCAGGCCAAGUGGUGACGGGGUCGGUUCUCACGACCCCGCUUUUUGGUGGUACUGGGAUUUGAACUCAGGGCUCCCUGCUUGCUGGGCAGGCUAUGCCCCCAGCCCUUUUGGCUCUGGUCACUUUUGAGAUUGGGUCUCAAGUUUUGCCCAGCUGGACCUCGCAGGUCCUGUGUAGGUUUCCGCCGCUGUAGCCGGGACGACAGGCGUGCGCCACCCCAUUCAGCUUCUUUCUGUUGAGAUGGGGUCUCGUGAACUUUCUGCCCCGGUUGACCUGGAACCUCAAUCCUUCUGCCAGUCUCAGCCACGGGUGUAGCUGGGAUUACAGGCGGGAGCCACUGCACCAGCUCCACGGUGGGUUUGAAAAACCAAAGUGGAGUUGACUAGUGUCGCCAGCCUCGUCGGGAGCCCUGGGCUGCGGAAGCUGAGAUCGAGUGUCUCGGUCACGCUGGGCAUCGCUAGGCCCCGUGUCACUCUCACCAUCAGUGACGGGGCCCUGGGGGGUGAGGAGCGCGGCGUGGCUCUGCGCCCCUUGUCCCUGGUGGGGGGUGCUGACCUUGAUGUCCUGUGCAGAGAAAUCUGCAGAGUUCAGAAUCAAGCCCGCGGCAGCUUAGCCGAGCUCCUGGUGACACUAAGGCCACAUUUAGGUUCCACAAGUUCCCUGCCACCUUGCCCAGGCCAGCUCCGAACCCCGUCAGGGGAUGUGGCACCUGUCGCUGUUUGCCCUGAAGCUGGCCAGCAGGGCUGAUGCUGUCACCUGCUUGUGCGGCUGCCCUGGCCUCAGCCGUGGGGACCUGACCCGCACUCGGUCUGUCCCAGGUCCCAUCCCCAUCCUCCCACGCUGGCCUCUGCAGGCUCCACAGUGACCAACGCAGAAUCGGGGGCAGCUGGGGAGCCACGGCCCAGCCCCGCCUGACCCCAUGUCCUUCCUGGGUCACUGGGAAGCGCCUGGCUGUCACACUGCAGCCCGGGGCGGUGAGGCACUGAUGCCACCUGAACCGAGCCGGGAGCUGCUGGGGCCUCGUCCCUUUUCCUGUACAGAGAGGCGAGGCCCCAGCCGGGGUCAGAUGUGACAGGCGGAGGCUGCGGCCAGGCCAGGCCGGGAGGACAGUGGUGCCACGCGGAGGGACCCGCUGUCAGGAAAACCCCAGGAGAAGGCUGUCCUUAGGACAGCAAAGGCAAAGACAACACGGCCAAGCACCGAGGGGACAGCUCCGGCCCCCGGGGGGGAAAUGCAAAGAGGGCGGUGGCUGCAGGUGACAAGCCUGUCCUGCUUGGUCCAGCACAGCACCUGUCAGUGCGAGCCCAAAAUAACUGACCGAGGUUAUUCUUGUGCUUGUUUUAAAAAGCCAUUUCCAAGAAAUGUCUGGGGUCACUGAGCGUUCGGCCCCGUCCCCACCCCCAUGCUUCCCGUGAUGGCUGGAGGCGAUGGGGACACAGGGCGGGCAUGGCCUGUCCAUCCUGACACCCUCCCGAGGAUCCCUGGCUCUCCACAAACCAAGCAGAGAGGAACUGGCCAAGCUGGGUGCAGUGGCCCACGUCUGUAAUCCCAGCUGGAGGCGGAGAGGAGGAUCGGGGUUUGAAGCCAGGCCUGGUGCAAGUUUGUGAGACCCCAUCUUAAUAAGCUGGGUGUGGUGCUUCAUGCCUGUAAUCCCAGCUAUGCAGAAAGCACAAAAUAGGAAGGUGACAGUCCAAGCUGGCGUGGGCAAAAAUAUUUGAAAAACGACUAAAAAGCAAAGCGUUGGGGUCGUGGCUCAAAUGGUAGAAGCAUACCUAGCAAGUAUGAGGCCACGAGUUCAAAACCCAGUGCCACCGCAAACCAACAAAGGAAACUAACCAGGCCCCCGAGUGAGGCCCAAGUGUCACCUGGAGUGCGUUAAUGAACGUUCCUGCCAGGCUGGCGUCACCUGGCCCUGCACACCCCUCACGGCGCCGCCUGUCCACCCCGCCCGUCCACCCCUGGUGUGGGGCUCACCUCCCCGAGCGCCUGGCCUCGUGGGCCGACCACAGCUCAACGUCCCUUCUUGGCACAGGUGACAUGUCUCCUCCUUGGUGCCUCCUGUGACCCGAGGGCCACCUCCCGCUUCCUUGUGGCACUGACCGGUUAUGACGAGUUGGCUGGUCAGUAAAGCCGGAGCCCUGACGUCAGCACUUCUGACCUGCACGGGGGGUGACUCCACCCGAGUGGGUGACUGGCUGUUCCCCACUGGAGGACUUUCUCACCCAGGGGACAGUCCUGCCAGGGGACAGUCCUCCCCAGGCCUGAGCUCACACCUGGGACCUUCUCUUCCCUGGGGUCAGCACCUGUGCCCACACGGUGCCUCCUGCCCCGCCUUCCUCCAACAGGGAGUCCCAGAAAUGGAGGGAGAUGGAGCUGCCAGAGGCUCCUGGGAAGAGGGGACCAAGGCCUGGAGGGGUCGCUGGCAGUGAGGGGCAGGAUAUGGAAGGGACCGGUCAGGCUCCAAGGGGACAGCGGGGGAGAAGAUGUGGUGAGCCCAGCCACCCGGGGGUGGAGACUGGGAAUUUGAGUCGCCCCGGGCAAAAAAGUUAGUGAGACCCCAUCUCAACAAAUAAGCGAGGCUGGUGGCUCACACCUGUAAUCUCACCUAUACAGGAGUAGAUGGGUUUUGUAGUCUAGGCCAGAUCCAAGAACAUGAGACCUUAUUAAAAAAAUAACUAAAGCAAAAAGGGCCGGGGAGUGACCCGAGCAGUGACGCCUGCCUGGCAGGUGCAAGGCCCCAAGUUCAA